AUGGAGCCGACCGGAAGAGGCGUCUCCAGAAACGUCGACAACGACGGGGAGGUCCUCGAGGCUGAUCCGACGGGCAGAUACGUUCGGGUACGCCCACGUUUCUACCUGAAAGUGAUGCAGAUCCUGGAUAUCUUCUCUUCUUCCAACAAUGAAACGGACUUGAAUGAGAAUUUCUUUGAUGCUCAACGCUGAUCUCCUCUUCCCUUCUCCAUUUUAGUUGUGAAUAUCUACAUUUUCUCAGUCUGUUCACCAUGAAUCCUUUCUCUCCCUUUCUUCUUGGUGCAGUACAAGGAAAUUCUGGGCAAAGGAUCCUUCAAGACAGUGUAUGCUUUCAAACUCGAGUAAUGUAUAUAUAUCUUACAUGCAGAUUCGUUUUCCAUGAAUGUAUUUCAUGGGAAUGUUUAGAUUCCAGGCCUCUCAUGGACAGGUACAGGGCAUUUGAUGAGGUUGAAGGAAGGGAGGUCGCCUGGAACCAGGUGAAGAUAGAUGAUGCUCUUCGCUCGCCCGAGGAUCUUGAGAGACUGUACUCCGAGGUCCACCUCCUCAAAUCACUGCAGCAUGAGAACAUCAUCCAGUACUUGAACUCUUGGGUGGAUGAUCAGAAGAAAACCAUCAACAUCAUCACCGAGCUCUUCACAUCAGGAAGCCUCAGACAGUAAGUUUCCGAAUUAAUAACUAUUCCUUCAUAUUGUUGAUUCCCUGCUCUUAAGAGAGAGAGAGAGAGAGAGAGAGAGAGAGAGAGGGGAGGGGUUGCACUGUUUUUAUGAUGGUUGUGCCCAUUCAGGUACCGCAAGAAGUACACAAAUGUGGACAUGAAGGCAGUGAAGAGCUGGGCGAGGCAAAUCCUCCGUGGAUUGCAGUACCUGCACACUCACAACCCACCGAUCUUGCACAGAGAUUUAAAAUGCGACAAUAUCCUCGUUAAUGGCAACAAGGGGGAAGUCAAGAUCGGCGAUCUUGGGUUGGCAAUCAUCAUGCAGCGUCCCAAUGCUCGGAGUAUCAUUGGUAGAUCACGAUUUAUCGUAAGAUAAUCAAUUCAUGAUAUCAAGGAUGAAAUCGAAUACUUGAAGGAAUUAUAUUCGUGGGUGUUGCAGGAACUCCAGAAUUCAUGGCCCCUGAGCUUUAUGAAGAGGAGUACAAUCAGCUAGUUGAUGUGUAUUCUUUUGGAAUGUGCUUGCUGGAGAUGGUCACUCUCGAAUACCCAUAUAGUGAAUGUAAGAAUGCAGCUCAAAUAUACAAGAAGGUCACCUCAGUAAGUUAUCCAUCUUAAACGCUAAUAAUCUGGGCAUGGUGGAGGAAUUUAUUUUUUUUCUCACUAAAGUUAUCCCAUUUACAGGGGAUCAAGCCAUUGGCACUUGGGAAAGUGGCAGACCCUCAAGUGAAGCAGCUCAUUGAAAAAUGCCUGCUCCCUGCCUCCGAGAGAUCCUCUGUGAAAGAACUUCUCCAAGAUCCUCUCUUCCGAUCUGAUAUCUCUCGGUCUGUUCAAGAUCCCAUUCGUUCAUCAGAGAAGAUAGAGUACGAACCCAUGGAUGAAGUGAGCUAUGUACAGCCUUCGAACAACAGGAACACAGAGACUAAUUUUGAAGACCCAUGGGUGCUGAGCAUGGAGUUUCAGAAGACUAAGGACCAAAAUGAGUUCACUCUGAGAGGAGAGAAGAUCGACAACAACACGAUCUCUUUUAUUCUGAGAAUCCUGAACCGAGAAGGUAAGACAAAACGGAUUUUUGGCACAUAAUUCUCAAUUUACUCGGCCACUAAUGAUCAUUCUCUUUGACAAAUUUUUCCUUGCAAAUUUGCAGGGGAAGCAAAGAACAUCCAUUUCACAUUCUAUCUUGAUUCCGAUACUGCCAUCUCAGUAACAAGAGAAAUGGUAGAACACCUUAGUUUAUCUAACUGCGAUGAUACAUUUAUAGCUAACUUCAUAGACUUCUCGGUCACGAAGCUCAUUCUUGGUUGGUCACCAUCAGCAUGUGAGAAGGCUAGGGUCAAUGAGGUCAGACAAGUCUACACUGUGAAUCAGUGGAGUGGGCCUCGGUCAAGUGAUAAUACUGACAUAGACGCUGAUGAUCUGAUCUUCUCCCAUUUGACGCUGGGCAACUCUGGCGAAAAUUCCUUUCAAGGAGCCAUGGGAUAUGUCAGAAGAAAUCCGGGUGGAUACCUGGCGCUUGAAAGGAUUGGUGGCCAUGAUGGAAACCCUAUUGCGAUUAAUCACUCUACUGACAGUUUAGACACAUUUAUGUCCGAGAUCCAGGACCCAGCUAAUGUUUCAAGCAUACCCACCGAUUCUUCUCUCGCAUCAUCCGUGGAUAGCAGCCAUGAUGUUGAUCUAAAGAUGGAGCUGGAGACACUAGAAGUGCAAUACCAGCAGAAGCUUCAGGAGUUGUCCAGGAUGCAGGCGAGAGCACUGGAUGAUGCGAGGAGGAGGUACUUCCUGAAGAAGAAAAUCUAG